CCCUGGAGGUGUGAGGCGAACGUGCUAACCAUGAAGCCACCGUGCCCCCUGCACUGUUUCUUUUCCUGCUAUAUUACUAACAGACAUCCAGAGCGACUUACAUUAUCUCAUUUUUUUUAAUACAACUGAGCAAUUGAGGGUUAAGGGCCUUGCUCAGGGGCCCAACGAUGGCAGCUUGGUGGACCUGGGAUCAAGCUCACAACCUUCUGAUUGGUAGCCCAACACCUUAACCACUAGACUAGGAUGUUUUGACUGAUAGACACUUUAAAGCACUCUGGAUAAGGGUGCCUGCCAUAUACCAUAGAUAUAAACCAUACGAUAUCAUUUUAAAAGUAAAAAGUGCGAUUCUGUAACCAGGACUUAUAACAUGCAGUAUGUCUUGUUGACGUUAUCAGCUGUUCACUGAAGGAGGCUUGAAUGCAAGGCUGCAGUGCAAAAAUGUAACUACAUUCUCUUUCCCUAUUAGUUUCACUCUAGUUACUGCAUCAUUUAUUCUGGUUGCUCAGUAAUACACUUUCCACUGAAUAGCUGCCACGAUAAGCUGGGAUUCGGAAAAGUGCUCUGGGAGCUUCUUCAGAUAUAUUCCUGAUCUCUGCUAAUAAAAUGAACCUAAAACCGGAUUAAUGGCAACUAAUUGAUGGUAAUCAGUUAAUGGCUUUAUAACAAUUGUGCUCUGUGUGUUUUUUUUUAAACUCCAGAGGUGACGUGAACGCGAGGCGAGACAGCCGAUUAGACGCUUCGCUUGCGGAGUCUGACGGAGACUCUCAGGAGGAGAGUGAGGCAGAUAAUGAUGAAGAUGAUGAAGAAGACUCCACGGCCAACUAUGCAGAAGAGGUGUCCGGAUCGUCGUGGUUACGCUGCGUCUUGCAGUGAGAUAGAAAGAAAUAUAAUAAGAGAGAGAGAGAACAAGAAAGGAGGAGCUUGAACAUGAGGUGUGAAGUUUAGCAGAUUGCGUGAGCGGCAUCAGGGCAGUGAGCGCGGGUGGACAACAGAUUGUUCUUCAUGUAAAUGUUGCAUCAUGGAGUCAAUAAACGUGCCAUGCUAUGACAGUGUGUGUGUGUGUGUGUGUGAGAUUAUUUAUCAUCACUGAUGUUUCUGUCCAUAAAUACCAGGAUCCCUCUUCAUUGUGACGCUCCGUUCCCCGAUACCAAAUGGAAUGUUUAUCGAUUUAUUUCUGCCUCUGCAAAUUUUAUUUAUCUUGUCUGUCCUGAAAUGAAUGAAAGACUUUUUCCUGAACCCUUGUUCUGCACUAGAUUAUGAAGAUAUUUUUUGCUCUAUUUGAAUCUUUUUGUUUCUAGCUUCAAAAUCCAUCCCAUUUUUCUUCUUCCCAGCUCUGUUUAAUUGGACCAGUUAAAAAGCAUAAUUAGCAUUUAAAUCUGUCUUUUAAAGGAACAACCUCCUCUCUCUCUCUCUCUCUCUCUCUCUCUCUCUCUCUCACACACACACCUCUUGUUUUCUUUCUAAUGCUCUCUCCUAUUCUCCGUUGCAUAUUCUUUCUUCCAAGCUUUCUCUGUCUUGCUCUCUCACUCGCUUCCUUAUGUAUGUUCGUUCCCUCUCAAUUAUGCCCUCUUUCUCCCUUCCUCUCUUACUCUUUCUUACAUAUAUACUCUUUCUCACUCUAAUGCCCCCCUCCUCUCUCUCUCUCUCUCUCUCUCUCUCUCUCUCUCUCUCUCUCUCUCUCUCUCUCUCUCUCUCUCUCCAUGUCUCUGUCGCUAAGGCAACCAAUGCUUUUUCUCACUCUGACACACUCUGGCUCUCUCUCACUCCCUCCAUCAGCAGCGAGCGGUAAGCAUGUGGACUGAUGGCUGUCUAUACGCUGGUGAUCUGCAUGCAUUUGUGUUUAUGUGUUGAGUGUGUGUGUAUGGAUGUGUAUACUGUAUGGAUGUGUGUAUGGAUGUGCAUGCGUGUUUUACUGUUUCACGUGUAGGUGUGUAAAAGAUGUCAUCGGAUCUGAAUUCAGUUGUUGAGUUAUUGCCUGAGUCAGGAACUGGAUUAAAGCAGUGGAUGUGUCUACAGCAGCGUCGUUCCCCCCUACAGCCAUCUGUUUACGAUCUUUCAGUAAGUGUCAGGAGCCAAGCGCUCCCCCUUUCAUCGUCUCCCUCUUUCAAGAGAUGAUUGGAGGAGCAAAAAAACAGUGAAAAGAGAAGCGAUGGAGCGAUGCUCCAUCUCUGGACUCACUGCUCUCUCGUGUCUCCUGCUGGUUGCUGUCCUAGUUUGCCCUCCUUCUUGCCACGGGGGUGACGAGCUUGCCGACAUGCAGCUGUCCGCCACAGCCCAGGCCACGCCCACUCCACUCUGGGCAGUCGACUGGGGUCCCACACAGCCGCUGGAGGAUGAAACACAUCACUUCCUGUCCAGUCAGGAAGCCGACGGUGUGAAGCAGGCCACACCUGAGGUGUGGCCACGUCGCAGGAACACCCAGUCCAACCAAACCCAACAUCAGCCGCUGCCCAUCGAAGCCAAGGACUCGGGACAGGAGCCAGAACAGGAUGCAGAGGAGAGAGAGAUUGAAGAAGUGGAUCCUCAGUUUUACGUGACUGUAACUAUCUCAUCUCUCCUGAUUCUCUCAGCCCUCAUCAUUUCGGCCAAACUCUGUUAUGACCGCAGCCUCUCCCAGCGCCCUCCUCCUCUCUCCCUCGCCAUCCCUUGUUCCCUGCCCCAAGAGGAUAGCAGGCACACACUUCAGAGCACCCCCUCGUUCCCUGACAGAGAAAGACUUCCUGUGGUCAAUCUUUGAAGAGCUGACUGUUCCAUGCUUGCUAAUCACAUCCUCUGGGCAUGGAAUGUGAGAAAAAAAGUGGGUAAAUAUGAGAACAAACACAGAACAUGUGAAACUGCUGGAAGAUGGAUACAUGAAAGAGAAUAUGUGUGGAUGGAGAAGGCUCUGAGGAUUGGGGCUGUAUAUAUGGGGUAUGUUUUCUGAACAGAUGUACAGACAUGAAACAGGCCGUGCAUUCUGUCAAGCCGGAGAUUCAGGCUCACUUCUUUAUUUAUUUUUAAGAGUUUUUUUUUUCCUUCUUUUUCUUUUUUUUUCCAGUUGGGUUUUAAGACUUGGGGUGAGUAUUGUUUGGGGCAGAAAGGGUGGAAAUUAGAGUUUAGGGUCUGGGGUGGGUGGGGUGUUGUCUGGGGUAUAGGGUCUUGGGUUUCAGGUUUGGGGUACAAGAUUUAGGGUCAGAGAUAUAGGGAUUUAGGGUUUUGGGUAUAUGGUUUGGGGUUUAGGGUCAGGGAUCUAAGGAUUUGGGUAUACUGUAAGGUUUGGGGUUUAGGGUCAGGGAUCUAAGGAUUUGGGUAUACUGUAAGGUUUGGGGUUUAGGGUCAGGGAUCUAAGGAUUUGGGUAUACUGUAAGGUUUGGGGUUUAGGGUCAGGGAUCUAAGGAUUUGGGUAUACUGUAAGGUUUGGGGUUUAGGGUCAGGGAUCUAAGGAUUUGGGUAUACUGUAAGGUUUGGGGUUUAGGGUCAGGGAUCUAAGGAUUUGGGUAUACUGUAAGGUUUGGGGUUUAGGGUCAGGGGUAUAAGGAUUUGGGUAUACUGUAAGGUUUGGGGUUUAGGGUCAGGGAUCUAAGGAUUUGGGGUUUAUUUGGUUUGGGGUUUAAGGUUUUGGGUAUAUGGUUUGGGGUUGUUGUUUAGGGUUUGGGGUUUAGGGUAACUGUAAGGUUUGGGGUUUAGGGUUUUGGGUAUAUGGUUUGGGAUUUAGGGUUUAGGGUUUAGGGUUUAGGGUGGUAUGUAUAAGGUUGGAUUUUGAUUAUUUUGCCAUCACAUGUUGCAUUUCUGUACUUACUGCGUUAUUCCUGAAAGCUUACUGAACACUACCUGCUUGCUGACCUGUAGUGCUGUCUUUCUUAUUGGUUUAUUACCGGUUUAUUACUUGUCUUGUUUUGUGAUUGCUUUCUCUCUCUCUCUCUCUCUCUCUCUCUCUCUCUCUCUCUCUCUCUCUCUCUCUCUCUCUCUCU